CCGGAGAACGUCGAUUAAUGGCGUUCAAUUAACGUGAAUGAAAAGCGUGCUAGAUUGGUUUAAGAAAAAAGUAAAUAAUUAAUAAAUAAACAAACCACUUGACCAUAAUGGCCACAAUAGCUAAGCGACAGAAGGUGGAAGAUGUUGAACAACUUGAGACAUCGCCCACAUCACAGAAGCAGGGCAAAAAACACAAAAAAUCCAAGAAACCUUCGUCAGCCGAAAAUGCCGCUGAAAACUCCGGCGAUUGGGAUGUGGACGACUAUAAAACAGAAUAUGAAAGCGAAGAGCACUGGGAAUUACGACGGGAUUUCAUGCUAGCACACAAGGAUCGCUUCGACGAGGAGCGCUUAGUGUGUUUGGCGCAAACAUUCAUUAACAUGGAAUUCAUGGGCUGCAAAUAUCCCAAUGAAACGAUGUUAUUAGUCGCCGAGCUGUCCAAAGAUAUUGCCGAAGAGUUCCGGAAGAAUCGUGCCUUGCGUCUGAAGCGUACGUUUGUCUCCGCCUCGGAUGCUGCGGAACAGCGCGCCAAAGGGCGAAAAGUUGGAGCAGCUGCUGCCAGGUCAGAGGUGCAAUCCCUGCAAUCAGCUAGCAGCCGAGACCGGCUUUGCUUCGGCGGCGGCGAGCCAGUCAAUCUCUUUGACGGAUUACGGUACGGUAAUCUUGUCAUCUAUCUCGCUGGUGGACGCUCUUGUCUGCGCAACUCUUGCAACACCGUCAAAAUAAAAUACGAGGAACGUUCCAGUGAAGCUCAACAAGCAAUAGCUGACGAUCUCUCCAAAACAGCAGAGAUUCUGCUUAACGAUGAGGUUAUCGCAACAGGCAUCGGCGAGAACUUGAAGAUUGCCAAGCUGGCAGCCUAUAAACAAGCCAUCCUCCUGCUCCAAACUCAUUGCUACAGCAUCAAGUUAAAUGCCUCGCGUGAGACUAUCAAAGUGGAAAAGGGAAAGAAUGGUGUCAACAUUAAUGUGACCAAAGAGUCGGCUGACAACUUGGGAGAACCCAAAUUGGACAAAAACAACAAAGGCUAUCACAUGAUGCGUCUAAUGGGAUGGACAGGAGGCGGCUUGGGGCGUUCCAAGCAAGGACGUGAAGAGCCAGUGGGUUAUCUGCUUAAGAACAACCGCAUGGGCUUAGGCUCGAAUGAUCCGCAUGCCAAUUUGGCUGAUUAUCGCAAACUAAUCGAGAACUAUGUAAACUCGGAUGACAUGCGAGACAUGCAGUUUGAGCCCACCUUCUCCAAGGAAGAACGCGCUGCUCUCCAUCAGGUUGCUAGCAAAUUCGGUCUGCGUUCCAAUAGCUAUGGCGUGGGAGAAUCACGGCGCCUGCUAAUCACCAAGAAAAUCGGCUAUGAAAUCAUACUUACAGAAGUGCUUAAUCGACGAAAUCCCAAGUUUUGCGAUCGUUAUUUUGUUCAAGUUCCGAUGCAAAAAGCGCACUUGUUUCCUGGUCAUGUGGCAGCCUUAGAUUUGGAGAACUUAACGGAGUAGAGUCUAGUGCAUAUUCAACAAAUUGUUUUAUUUUAUUGUUUUCUGCGUAUAUAUAUAAGUUAUGAUUGAUUGAUGUAAAUAAAUCUUAAUUAAGUGCAA